UGGCAGACAGUUUUCAGUUCCAGUCGAGUAAACAAGUGACAAAAAUAUUCGGAAUAAAUAUUUUAGUGCAUUUUUUUUUUUUGUUUUUUCGGUAAUCUCUCCGUCUGCCUUUUUUCUCUACAAACAUGGGUUGUAGUUCAAAGCCGCAAAAAAAAUACAGGGCCCAAAAAGUGGGACCAGUCACUAAAAACGGGUACCUGAACUACCUGCGGAUCUUCAAGAAGAAGCACUGCGGCCUGUCGCCCCGGGAGAUGAUCAGCAAAGGAGCCAAGGCCUGGAAUGCCCUGAGCUGCGAGCAGAAGGCGAGCUUCCGCAAGAAGACCAAGUCGGGAAGGAGGUCUCGCGGCAAGAAAUCCGGGUGCAAGCCCAAGCGUUGCUGAACCGUGAGGGCUCUGCAGAACAUCCUAUCCUGAUUGUAUUCUCAAAAUUUCAAGUGAUUGUCUAGUUCCGAUAUGGGUGUUUCCAGCUGUUGCUUCCAAAACAAGGGACUUUCCAC